UUUGUUUUUGUUUUUACCGUCUGCUUUCACCACACCAAGAACAAACAAAUGUGUUCUCAAUGAAGCUAAUCGCGUUCGUUGUUAGAGGUUCUCUAGAUCAUAUGGGUAGUUCAUUUUCUUCGGAAUAAUGACUUUGGUCAGGGCUUUUACAAAUGUUUAUGGCUUUACGAUACAACGUCAAAGUGUAUCUUAUGGCGCACGAAAACCUAACCUAUUUUAUGUGAAACAUAGAAGACAGUUUGCUUCAAGUAAAAGGUCAUCCUUUCGAAUAUUAGGCAUUGAAACAAGUUGUGACGAUACUGGGGUUGCUAUAGUCAACAGUGAACGCCAGCUUUUGGGUGAUGCCAUUCACAACCAGAACCAAAUUCAUCUGGAGAAUGGCGGAAUCCUGCCCCCUGUUGCUGGCUUUCACCACAGAGCUAAUAUGGAGCCAGUUGCUAAUCAAGCAUUCACUGCAGCAGGAUUGACCAUGUCAGAUAUUGAUGCUGUAGCUGCAACUAUUAAACCAGGAUUGUCACUAUCUUUAGAAGUUGGAAUGAAAUAUGGCACAUUUCUUUGUAAAAAAUGGAAAAAGCCUUUUAUUCCUAUUCAUCACAUGGAAGCACAUGCCUUAACUGCACGCAUGGUUGAUGAGAACGUAAGGUUUCCAUUUCUGGUUUUACUUAUUUCUGGAGGACAUUGCCUGCUGGCUCUUGUGGAGGGUGUGGACUCCUUUCUUCUCUUAGGGAAAAGUAUGGACAUUGCUCCAGGAGAAGUUUUCGACAAAUUUCACAGACAGUUGAAAUUAAGAAAUAUAGCAGAGUUGAGUCACUUGUCAGGAGGACAUGCUGUUGAAGUUAUGGCCCGAAAAGCAACAAACCCAGUGGAGUUCAAGUUUGAACCAUUCUCCUCUGAUGUCACUUGUGACUUCUUCUUUUCUGGUAUGGUGACAAAAAUUAAGCAUUUCAUUGCGGAAGAGGAAGUAAAAUAUGGCACAACAGCUGAUGGUGUUAUUGAAUCAGCUCCUAAUUUAUGUGCAGCAAUGCAACUAAGCAUCACUAAACAUCUAUGUAGAAGAGUGGAGCGAGCUAUGUUAUUUUUGGAGAGGAAGAGCCUGAUUCCAUCAAGCAGUCGCAGCCUAGUUGUUUCAGGUGGAGUAGCAGCAAAUAAAUUUAUAGCUAAUGGACUGAAAUUGGUCUGUGAUAAUUACAACUACCACCUGUCAGUGCCACCCCCGAAAUUGUGCAAUGAUAAUGGUGUGAUGAUUGCUUGGAAUGGAGUCGAAAGGUAUCGUGAAAACGUUGGCAUUUUGAAAUGGAAUCAGUUGGAUGAUGUUCAAGUCUCAACAAAAUGCCCAUUGGGAAAGGAUAUAAGACAGUCUGUUAAAGAUGAAAAGAUAAGCCGUGUCAGAUAUGUUAAACUGAAAGGCUUGGUAUAAAAUCUUGAUGUUACUGCGAGUUAUCCCUUUGUUUCUGUUACAAGUCAUCACUGUAAAAAACAUGUUUGCAUACAGAGUGAAUAAAUAGAUAUGUGUCCAAAAAGGCCAUUAA